AUGGCUACCACUUCCGCAGAUAGAAGAGAGUUACCGAUGCCAACGAAAUAUCAAGACGGAAAACAAUCCAGAAAGAACCAAGAUGUUAAACCUACCAAAAUCAAAAUCCGAGCAGAAAAUGUGACAGAUAGGCUAAACCAUCUCCGAGGUCGGGGCAUGGCUAACAUGUAUUCCUGGUCAUCUAAAAGGAAGUACAAAAAUGGAUUUGUGAGGCAGGACUUGUCCGAAACUGACUAUGUACAACUAUGUCAUGGCCAUGAAUACAUUCUUAAAGGAUCACUACUGCUAGAAACUUCUCUAAGCUUUCGGUCACACAACACAAAAUCAUCAAGAAACUCCAAAGUUUUCUCGGACAUAAUUAGCAGCUCAAGCGAGGACUCAAAUUCUCCAGUCAUCAGAAGAAAAAACCGUUCCUGGACUCCAUUUGAUGAACUUGAUGAAUACAAAGUUUACAGGGCCAGAAUCACUGGAGAAAUUGCUAGCAAGGCUUUUGAUGUAUCUCUAUGUAGCCUUGGAUUUGGUAUUUUAUCAAGCAUGCUAGAGGCAGAAUAUCCCUUCAUCUGGCAAAUUGGCCUGAACAACCCCGUCCUUUUUUUGAAUAAAAGAAAUUUGAAUCUUUUUUUCAAAACAUCAAGAAAGACAUCCAACCACAUCUGCUCCCUUGUGAAGGGAGACCUGAGGGCAAGGCAAUCAAACUUCACUGGUUCAAAUGGGAAGCCACUGUCUGUAACUGACGAAGUAACUUUUGCUCUCAGGAGGCUCGGCUCUGGCGAAUCAUUGUCAAACACUGGCGAUUUGUUGGGGAUCAACCAAUCAUUUUUUCCUCAAAUAACCCGGCGAUCUGUGGAAGCAAAGGAAGAAAGAGGUCUGCACCAUCUUUGCUGGCCUUUCACAGUAACAGAGAUUGAAGAGAUUAAAUCAAAUUUUGAGAAAAUAUGUGGCCUGCCUAAUUAUUGUGGUUCAAUUGACGCUACCCGCAUUGCCAUGACUCCAACAGUGGACCGAUCAAAUGGUGUAUGGAUUGAUCGUGAGAAGAACCACAACAUGCUCUAGCAAGCAACAGUGGACCCUGACAUGAGAUUCUGUGGUGUAAUUGUUGGGUUCCCAGGCAGUUUAAAUGAUGCACUUGUACUGCAGAACUCGAGUUUCCACAAGCUAUCUAAGGAAGUGAAAAGGUUAAAUGAGAAAAAAAUAGAACUUGAAUAAGUGGAGCUGGGGAAGUAUAAAUUCGGCUCAGGUUUUCCCCUAUUGCCAUGGCUUCUUACUCCUUAUCAAAAUGCACUCUGGCGGAGUAUAACAAGCUACAUUCUGCAACUGCAGUUGUAGCACAGACUGCAUUAGCAAGGCUGAACGAAAUGUGGCUGCCUGGAUGUCAAACUGCAUAACCACAUGAGUUGCCGUAAUUGACGUGGGAUUUUUGUUCAAUAGAAGAUUUUUCCUAGAUUUUGAAGGGGUGAUCAAUCUGCAAGUAAGCAUUUUUAGUUAAGUGAAUUAUGCUUUUUUUUUCAAAGAAGUGUUUCAAUUGUUUGGAGAAAAUGAUAUGAAUAAUAUUGAAAUUUAGUUGGGUUUGAAUUCUUUACUUGUGAAUAUCAAGUGAAAUCUGGAGUUGAUAUUUAAGUUGUAUUAAUAGAUGGGCAUUUUGAUCAAUAUUUAUGGUUGUUUUACUUCUAAUAAUUGGUGUGUCCAUGAGCAGAUCUCCAAGACUCUGAGGUUUUAUUCAUGGAUUGAUGUUGAGAUGUGACUGCACGGGUCUGUGUGUGUCUAAAGAUGCAGCCUGUAAUGGAGUAGCUUUUACUUUCUUUCUCGUGCACCGCCUGGAAUGAUGUUCUUUGAUUGCUUUCUAAUACAGGAGUGAUUACAGCAAGUGGAUAAUCAUUAAAAUCUUGCAGUACUAUUUUGCAGUACAAAGGUACCAGCACUCAGUGAGACUGGUUCUGAAUGUCAACUUUUGUAUCCCAAUUAUCAAAUCCUUGGAAAAUGGUUUCUGACUCGACAGUGCUGGAACUGUUAAUAGCUGCCUUAUAAUAUUAAUCAAACUUAGGCACAAUUUUGAUCCAGUGUCAAAGAUAUUUGGGUAUGAAGAAGAAAAGUUCAGCAAGUGUUUCAGAACUUUCAGCGAAAAAAGGCCAUUAACUUUUGACAGGAAGUUCAACCUCGUAAUUUCUACUUCUGGAAAAUCAUGCAAAAUUUGCAUACAUAAGCCUUGAUUAUUAUUGUGAUUUGGCAGCCUAACAUUACCUUCUGUUUUGUUAUUUCAAGCCAGGGUCAAACAGGAGAAUGGAGGAACAGAAUUUUAGAAUUAGCAGAAUUAAUAUAGUUCUGAUAUAUCUUAAUGCAUCAUUGGGAUCUUAACUUCUGAGUCCAGGCCAAAAUGGAGUUACCUGAGGAUUCUCAUCUGCAUGUCUGUUCUUUCGGUUGUGGCUGGUGAAUAUAAUUUAUCUCUUGAUCACUAGGCCUCUGCUUUGCCUAUUCUAUUUAUGUUGUGGUUUUGAAAGCCAAGGGACCUUUUGGAGGCAGUGUGCUCGUGAAGACCCUAGAUCGGAAUGUAAUUUUCAGUUAAACAUUUUUAUUCAUGAUUUAGAAGUUAUUUUCUCUUUGGCAGAUAAGAGCCAGUGGUGUGGUUGAUGUGGAAAGCUAGAGCUGCUUCUGAAGAACCCUAUACAAUGAGAAAGUUGAAAGUAUUAUCUGGGCUAGGUGGCUGCUAAUUUAGGUAUCAUCUACGGCAACUGGUAUGAUGAUUUUUUGUAAGUUAUUGUAAUGCUAUUCUUCCAUGUCUGACUUCGUGGUUCAUGAAUGCAACCCCCCUUGUUUUUACCGUGAAAAUGUGAUCUUUGGGGCACCUGAAAACAAUUAGGUAUUGUGCUUGCUAGUCGUAGCGAAUUUAUUAAAGAUUAAGCAAUGUAAAAUGUGAAUCACCCUGAUUAAAAAACACUCUAUAUUGUGGUUGCUAGUCUAGUCACCAUCUCAUUGAAAGUGAAUACUCCUCUAACCAGCAGUUUGUGACUUUACAACCAGCCCGAUCACUCCUGGUAACUCUUUUGUUGAACAUUGUACUGACUUUAAAUGCAUUUCUUUGACUUCUGAAUUGAUUUCUUGUAAUGCUUUUAAGUCUAUCUACUUCUUUAUUUUGAUUCUAUGAUACAAUUUAUACGUGAAACUGAAAAGAAAUUGCACUGGACAACGACAGAAUACUACUAUUAGUGUGGCGGCAGUGUGUUUACACACCCACACUACAAGCUAGAUUUCUUGCAACCUUGGCAGCUAAACAGAAAUUAUCUAUCAAAAACGUCACCACUUACUUGAUCUUGUGCGCUGUUGCCUUGUUUAAUAUUAUUCUUAUCAUAUCCUUUCAAGGUAGGUGUAAGCACUGACUUGCACAUUCAUCAAGAUAAUAAUUCAAGUUUGAACUUGGAGCUCGCUGGAUAUGACUUUUGUUUAGUUUACAAUUUCUUCUUUCUUUCACGUCAUGUACGUGUAUUUUUUUUCCUGGAUAUGUACAAGCACCCGUGUGAAACAUAUCGGUAUUUAUUUUCUUUAGGAAAUAUUGGAGUGCACAUGUCACGCCA